AUGAAGUCUCUAUUCCUUCUUCCAUUACUAAUGAUGGCUGCAGUAGCUAUCAUCCUCUUCUCUUGCAACACUCAAGCUGCUCUUACUCGAGGUGGAGUGUCCGUCUCUUCUUCUCUGCUAACACCCGAGUUGAAAGCCACUUGCCUCCGAACCAUUCAACAAUACGACAAGUGUUCCUUCUACACGGAUUGUUUGGAAAAGAUCAUGCCAUGUGGCUCUAAUGGUUAUGCUAUCAAUUACGGUUUCAAGUAUUGCACUAAAUUCUUUAGUGAUCUCUCGUCUGGAGCCUACAAGAGUGAAUAUUCAAAGAAGUGGGUAGCCUCGACUGGCCACUGCUUACAACAAGCUUUGAUGGAUAAUGUGGUGAGUAAGAUUUCCCAGGGAUGGACCUGCGAGAGAAUUAUCGAUUAUGCAUUCAAUUCUCAUCCAGGAUGUUAUACCGAUUCAGUGAGCCCAGUCGAUUCACAAAAAUACAGUAUUUGCAAGAUUCGAAAUGUUUUCGAUGUGAAGAAUAUCUUGACCACCGUCGAUGCUAAGGAUUUGUUCUCAAUGAGAAGUAUGAAACAAAUUAUGGGAGUUUUGAAGAAUUGCAUGAUUGAUGUGUUGCCAUUUGAUGAGGUGAACGAAUUGGAUCAAUACAUUGAAUAA